AUCCCAGAAGUGUUUCGGACGCGGUCGUGUUCGUAUACGGUUGCCGCAUGUUUUUUUCUGGUUCUGUCUCGCGUGUACGUGUCUACAGAUUAGCUGGACGUAUCGGAGGUAACAUAGAUCUCGGACGAUGUGCGUGGUCAAGUGACGGUACGCGGAUUUAAUACUGAAGUGUACUACUAAGUGUUGGUUUCUCUCUAGUGUGUGCGCCCGGGCCUCGAUGAGUGUGUGUCUGCUCGAUGUGUGUGGAUAAAAUUCACGGCAUCAUGUUGUUGCCACGCCGAAAAUUGGAUUACGCAUCGAUGGCGUUUCUCUCCGUGCCACUGCUGUUGCUAGUUUCCUUGCCCGCGGUAUCCGGUUUUAUCUCGUGUUCGCCGAGCCCCUGCAAAAACGGAGGAGUGUGCAUGUCAUCGCCGCGCGGCGAGGCGCAUUGCAAUUGCACAUCGAUAUACGUGGGAGAGUAUUGCCAAUACUUGAACCCUUGCCACAAGGGUCCGCGCUGUCAAAAUGGCGGUUCCUGCAGAGUGAAAGAGAGCAUCGGGGGUGGCACCCCGUCUUUCUUCUGUUCCUGUCCAGUCGGGUUCACCGCGAGUUUGUGUGAAAUACCAAUCGACAACGCGUGUGACUCGUCGCCUUGUCUUAACGGCGCCACAUGCCAUUUAAAAUCACUCCGGGAAUAUGUCUGCACCUGCUCCACUGGAUACACAGGUGAUCACUGCGAACGACAAGACCACUGUGCCUCGUCGCCAUGUCGGAACGGGGCUGAGUGCCGGUCCCUCGAAGACAGCUACGAGUGCACGUGUGCACCCGGCUUCACGGGCCCGAAUUGCGCGGAGGACAUCGACGAGUGCGACAGGAAGCCGUGCAUACACGGCUCCUGCAAGAACAUCCACGGAUCCUACAAAUGCAUGUGCUCGAGCGGAUAUACUGGCCAGAACUGCGAGAACGAGUAUAUUCCCUGCAAACCGUCGCCGUGUAAAAAUGGGGGCACGUGUCACGAGAUUAACGGUUUGGAGUACGAGUGCAAAUGUCCUGAAGGUUUCGAUGGCGAGCAGUGCGAGGAGAACAUCGACGACUGUCCAGGGAACCUUUGCCAAAACGGAGCGACCUGCGUGGACAGGGUGAACGAGUAUUCCUGUUUGUGUCCCCCGUCGUACACAGGCACGCAGUGCGAGCUGGACGUCGACGAAUGUUCCAUGCGACCGUCGGUUUGUCACAACGGUGCCACAUGCACGAAUUCCCCCGGAAGUUACUCUUGCAUCUGCGUGAACGGCUGGACCGGGCCGGACUGCAGCGUGAACAUCGACGAUUGCGCCGGUGCAGCCUGUUUCAACGGCGCUACAUGCAUCGAUAGAGUCGGCAGUUUUUACUGUCAAUGCACCUACGGAAAGACCGGACUGCUCUGCCAUCUCGAUGACGCCUGCACGUCGAACCCGUGUCACGAGGGCGCGAUUUGCGACACCAGCCCCAUUAAUGGAUCGUUCGCCUGCUCCUGCGCGACAGGGUACAAGGGGGUGGACUGCUCCGAGGAUAUCGACGAGUGCGAGCAGGGAUCCCCAUGCGAACACGACGGCAUCUGCGUAAACACGCCCGGUUCGUUCGCCUGCAACUGCACGCAAGGAUUCACCGGACCAAGAUGCGAGACGAACGUGAACGAGUGCGAAUCCCACCCAUGCCAGAACGACGGCUCCUGCUUGGACGAUCCUGGGACCUUCCGAUGUGUCUGCAUGCCUGGUUUCACGGGUACACAGUGCGAGAUCGACAUAGACGAGUGCGCAGCCAAGCCCUGUCUGAACGGCGGCAUCUGCACCGAUCUGAUCAACUCGUUCAAGUGCACUUGCGCGAACGGUUUCGCGGGCUCCCAUUGUCAGAUCAACAUAGACGACUGCGCCUCCUCGCCGUGCAAAAACGGCGGGAUUUGUCAGGACUCGAUUGCGAAGUACACGUGCGACUGUCCACCAGGGUUCACCGGAGCCUCCUGCGAGACGAACAUCAACGACUGUCAAUCGAACCCUUGCCACAGCGGCACCUGCAUCGACGGGGAGAACAGCUUCAGCUGCAACUGCUUUCCGGGAUUCACCGGGAAACUCUGUCAGAUCCAGAUCGACGAGUGCGAGAGCAAUCCUUGCCAGUUCGGCGGAAGAUGCGAGGAUCGUAUAAACGGGUAUCAAUGCAUCUGCAGGCCUGGAACUUCCGGAACGAACUGCGAGGUGAACGUCAACGAGUGUUACAGCAACCCCUGCAGGAACGGAGCGAGGUGCAUUGACGGCAUCAACAGUGGAUACGAUGUCUCUUCUUCCAGGUAUUCGUGCGAGUGUGAGCCUGGCUUCACCGGGCAACACUGCGAAACAGACAUAAACGAGUGCGCGAGCAAUCCUUGCGCGAACGGCGGACGUUGCAUCGACAUGACGAACGGGUUCCGGUGCGAGUGCCCGCGCGGCUAUUACGAUGCUAGGUGUCUCAGCGACGUGGACGAGUGCGUCAGCAACCCCUGUGUGAACGGCGGCACCUGCGAGGACGGUAUCAACCAGUUCAUCUGCCAUUGCCCGCCCGGAUACGGCGGCAGGAGAUGCGAGGCCGACAUCGACGAGUGCGGCUCGAAUCCAUGCCAGCACGGCGGCACCUGCAACAAUCACCUGAACAGCUACAGUUGCAAGUGCCUGGCCGGCUACGCGGGCACCAACUGCGAGACCAACAUCGACGACUGCGCGAAAAAACCCUGCCAGAAUAAUGGUUCUUGCAUCGACCUUGUCAACGACCACAAGUGCAUUUGCGAGCUACCCCAUACUGGCCGGGACUGCGAGGACAAGCUGGAUCCUUGCUCGCCUAACAAAUGUCUCCAUGGCGCCAAGUGCUCGCCGUCAUCGAAUUUCCUCGACUUUGCCUGCACCUGCACGGUCGGUUACACGGGCAGACUUUGCGACGAGGACGUCGACGAGUGUGUAAUGACGUCUCCGUGCAGAAACGGCGCCACAUGCAAAAACACCAAUGGCUCCUAUCAGUGUUUAUGCGCGAAGGGAUACGAGGGCAGGGACUGCGUCAUCAACACCGAUGAUUGCGCUUCUUUCCCCUGUCAAAAUGGCGGUACCUGUCUGGACGGCAUCGGUGACUACACUUGCCUCUGCGUGGACGGUUUCAGCGGCAAACACUGCGAAAUCGACGUGGACGAAUGUCAGUCCCAGCCGUGCCAAAACGGCGCCGUUUGCAAAGAGUACGUAAACUCCUACACCUGCCAGUGUCAACUCGGUUUCUCGGGUAUCAACUGCCAAACGAACGACGAGGACUGCACGGAGAGCAGUUGCAUGAACGAUGGCAAGUGCAUAGACGGGAUCAACAACUACACUUGCGUGUGCGAGCCAGGUUACACUGGUUCGAACUGUCAAUACCGGGUCAACGAAUGUGACAGUUCCCCUUGCUUAAACGGGGCUACGUGUCACGACCAUGUUAAAUACUACACUUGUCACUGCCCUUACGGUUACACCGGAACAAAAUGCGACCAGUACGUCGAUUGGUGCGCGGAUAAUCCAUGCGAGAACCAGGCUACAUGUGUCCAGCACAAGAACAAAUACCAUUGCAGCUGUUCUCCGGGCUGGACUGGAAAAGUUUGCGACGUCGAAAUGGUCUCCUGCAAAGAUGCUGCUAUAAGGAAAUCGGUUCCCGAGAAGAAUCUUUGUAACAAUGGCACUUGCGAGGAUAUUGGUAACAGCCACCGCUGCUAUUGCUUCGAGGGCUACACCGGAUCCUAUUGCCAGGAAGAAGUCAACGAAUGCGACUCUGCUCCCUGCCAGAAUGGCGCCACUUGCAAGGACCUGGUUGGCACUUACUAUUGUCAAUGCACCCAAGGCUUCCAAGGUCAGAAUUGUGAACUCAACGUGGACGACUGCUGGAAAGGUCCUUGCCAGAACGGUGGUACGUGCCACGAUUUGAUCGGCACCUUCAGCUGUUCUUGUCCCCCUGGCACUCUCGGUAUCCUUUGUGAUACGAAUGUCGAUGAUUGUGCCAUCAACUCUUGUCACAACAAUGGGACCUGCACGGAUAAGGUCGGUGGGUUCGAAUGCAAAUGUCCACCAGGUUUCGUUGGGCCCAGAUGCGAAGGUGACAUCAACGAAUGUCUGUCGAAUCCGUGUGCCUCGCCAGGGACACAGGAUUGCGUGCAGUUGAUCAACAACUACCACUGCAACUGCAAACCUGGUUACAUGGGACGCCACUGCGAAGUCAAGGUGAACUUCUGCGACAGCUCUCCCUGCCAGAAUGGUGGAGUUUGUACGGCGAAGCAUGCUGGCCACAAGUGUCUCUGCUCCAACGAUUAUUACGGAAACAACUGCGAAUUCGCUGGUUCCUACUGCGACAGACAGCCCUGUUUGAACGGCGGUACCUGCAGUGUAGCUGAGACCGAGGUUGGUUACAGAUGUUACUGUCCACCUGGAACUAGUGGAACUCACUGUGAAAUAGACGCCAGAGAUGAAUGCGCGAGCAAUCCUUGCCAACAGUCUAACGCAGUCUGCAAGAACCUACUCGGCGAUUACGCUUGCGAUUGCCCUCCCCAGUGGACCGGAAAGAAUUGUGAGAUUUAUGAUGUCAACUAUGGAGGUGGUAUCUUUGGCAGUGCAAACUCGAACGUGCCGAAACCUAUGAACGCCUAUGAGCUAGAUUUGGAACUCGAGAGGAAGAAAUGUGUUGAAAACAGGUGCGAAGAAAAGUCUGGUAAUAAUCAUUGCGACGAAGAGUGUAACAGAUACGCCUGUAAUUUCGAUGGAAACGAUUGCUCCUUGGGUAUCAAUCCCUGGAGGAAUUGCACGGCUCCUAUCAAUUGCUGGGAUGUAUUCAGGAACGAUGUUUGCGACGACGUCUGCAACAAUGCUCAAUGUCUUUACGAUGGAAGGGACUGUGUAAAGAAACUCGCACCGUGCAACCCAAUCUACGACGCCUACUGCCGUAAACAUUAUGCCAAUGGACAUUGUGAUUACGGCUGCAACAAUGAAGAAUGUAACUGGGACGGUUUGGACUGCGAUAGAAAACCACCGUCGCUAGCAGAAGGUGUGAUUUCGGUGGUAGUAAGGAUGGACAUGCAGACCUUCAGAUCCAAUGUAGUAACUUUCCUAAGAGACAUCGGUCACGAACUUCGAACCACUUUGAGAGUUAAGAAAGAUGAGCUUGGCAACGAUAUGAUUUACCCUUGGAGAAGGGAAAGGGAGCCCAGUCUACAAACUAACUUCUUCGGUCGGCCAACUUCCAUAUACACCAACACCCAGAAUGGAGUGAUGGCUUAUUUGGAAAUCGACAAUAGAAAAUGCACUGACACUCAAGGAGCAGUGUGCUUCCCUUCAGCGAACGAGGCUGCGGAAUAUCUGGCAGCUACCGCGUCUAAACAUACUCUGUCAAGAAGCUUUCCCAUCGAGCAAGUCCGAGGUGUCGUGGGACCGCAAGGUCCAGAAUACGCUGAUUCGCCAACCAAUUACAAAUAUGUUUUCAUCGGUGUCGUCAUCGUAAUACUCGGUGGAAUGCUGGUCGGUGUCUUGGUCACUGCGCAAAGGAAACGUGCAGUUGGUGUAACAUGGUUCCCAGAAGGAUUUCUCCGAACCAGCAGUGGAAGUGGACAACGCCGAAGAUCUCGAAGAAGAGGCCCGGAUGGUCAAGAAAUGAGGAACUUAAACAAACAACCGUCAGUCAAUUGCAUGGAUCUGGACGUAGGAAAUGGUCGAGCUCAACAGUGGUCGGACGACGAGUCAGAUCUACCACCUUCGAAGAGGAUGAGAGCCAUAGAGCCCGGAUACGCCAGCGAUCAUACUGCCAUCACAGACUACGAAGAAACGGAACCUCGAAUGUGGACACAACAACACUUGGACGCCGCCGAAAUACGCAGACCAGACGCUGGUGUGCUUACACCGCCGAGUCUAGAACAUGGACAAGAUGUGGACGCCAGGGGACCUUGUGGAAUGACACCGCUGAUGGUAGCCGCCGUACGCGGUGGAGGAUUGGACACCGGUGAAGAAGAAGACGAGAGCGACGGUACUGCAGCUGUGAUAGCCGACUUGGUGGCCCAGGGUGCAGACUUGAAUGCUACAACCGAUAAAAGCGGUGAAACGUCUCUUCAUCUGGCAGCUCGUUACGCCCGAGCUGACGCAGCCAAGAGACUCCUCGAUGCUGGAGCGGACGCAAACUCCCAAGACAACACUGGGAGAACGCCUCUUCACUCCGCCGUUGCUGCAGACGCUAUGGGCGUCUUCCAAAUACUCUUGCGGAACCGAGCUACAAAUCUCAACGCUCGUAUGCACGAUGGUACCACACCUUUGAUCUUGGCAGCACGCUUGGCCACCGAAGGAAUGGUCGAGGAUCUUAUCAAUGCUGAUGCUGAUAUCAACGCUGCUGAUAACAGUGGCAAGACCGCGCUUCACUGGGCUGCGGCAGUGAACAACGUUGACGCUGUCAAUAUACUGCUUGUUCACGGAGCGAAUAGAGAUGCCCAAGACGACAAAGAUGAAACACCGUUGUUCCUCGCUGCUAGGGAAGGCAGCUUCGAAGCCUGCAAAGCAUUGUUGGACACCUUCGCCAAUAGAGAGAUCACUGAUCACAUGGAUCGGUUACCUAGAGACGUAGCGAGCGAGAGAUUACAUCACGACAUUGUGAGAUUGCUUGACGAACACGUGCCUAGAUCGCCACAAAUGGUCACUGUUAUACCAAACGGUCCUCUUAUGGGAUCUCCAAAUCAUCCACAACUAAUCACACAUCCCACAGUGAUCGGUUCCGCACCGAAACAAACGAAGUCGAAGAAACGGCCGAAGACAGGUACCACCGGAAACCCAAACAGUCCCGAAUCAGAAGGCGGAGUGGUAGUGGUGAGGCGAAAGUCGUCGGUGAAGAAGCCGCCAGCGAAACGUGGGGCGCAGCCCCCAAACCAGGAAAUUCCUCAGGGAGCGGAGGGUGCAGAAGGAAAUCUGCCAAGUCCCUAUGACAGUGCCAGUCUGUACAGCAACACGCAACUGGUGGGGCACACAGCCACGGCGAAGCAGCCGCCUCCGUACGAAGACUGCAUAAAGGGCCAGUCCAUGCAGGGUCUGCAACAGCUAGGGCUGGACACAUUCACAACCAAUUACGGAUUGCCUAACUUUCACGAGCAGCUCCUAGCGCCGCACCAACGGCAGGCGCAGGGCAUGGUGAACACGUUAUCGCCGCCUUAUAGUAACCAAUCGCCGCCACACUCGGUGCAAUCAAACAUGACGUUAUCACCGCAGGCAAGCUACAUGGGCUCGCCGUCGCCUGCCAAAAGUCGGCCAUCGUUACCGACUUCGCCCACCCACAUCGCUGCCAUGAGACAAGCGACGCACCAGAAACAUGGUGGGAUGCCUCCCGUAGGCUUCGAUUUCGAGAACCUGCCGUAUUCCUCAAGUCAGCAACAACAACAGCAACAGCAGCAGAUGCAACAGACGCAGCAGCAAAUCCAACAGCAGCAGCAGCAACAGCAGAACACGCAGCAGCAACAGCAGCCACAGCAACAGCAGCAGACGCAACAGUACUAUCAGUACUUGACACCACCGUCCCAUCACUCUGGACCAGAUGUGACGCCACAACACCUUAUGCAGGCGCCGGAAAGCUUUCCGACCCCGUCGCCGGACAGUCCGGGUCACUGGUCAUCCAGUUCGCCUCACUCGAACAGCGAUUGGUCCGAGUGCAUGGCCUCGCCAAACGCGUAUAACGCUGGAGGCGGUCACCAAAGCAACAAGGGCUCCGAGGCGAUCUAUAUAUGAAGCCAGGUGAUGCUCUCUUCCUCGCGCGAGUAGGUCGUGUAACCCACGAGAACUGUGAUUGACUCGUCGAGUUCGAGGGUGAUUCUCUCUGGCGCAUAUAUAGAGACUUCUGGUUACUCCGGUUGGGUCGCGAACAGAACGAUAUAGUUUAGCCUUUACGUCGGCGUACACUGAUGCAGUUGUCAUGAUUCUGGAUUUAUAUAUAUAUACGUACGCAUAUAUAAAUCGUCUGUGGAACGUAUUCCUUUUUCUUUUCUUUUUCGGAUUGGAGACACUAUUCGCGUACUCGUUCAAUGAUUGUGCCUUUAACUAGCAUGGUGAGAGAAUAUUAGACACGCGGUAUAUACAUAUCUUUUCAUUUCUGUAUCAACCAAUCAUCUCAGCUCAAUGAACAAUGGUGCCUUCGACUUGCCACAGUGUGAAGACCCGAUAGGUAAAGUAAUAGGGAACGAGACCUUGCUAUCUACAAUAGUAUUGUACAUAGGACAUUAAUAUGGAGCGGAAGAUCAGCUACCAACGUAUGUAUUCGGCGAGAAGAACUAAGUAGAGUGUAAUAUGUAAUAUUCCGAUUAAUAUGUAACGCACAGUUAUAAAUAAGAGUGAAAGAUCGACGCGUCUAACGUUCGUUUUGUUGCAAGGCACUUUGUCUAUUGUAAACCGUAGUGUGCCGAGCAUAGAACCGGAAGGGAAUCUGUAAUCCGCGUAGAAAACAAAUAUGGAGAAUCGUGCCUUCGAGUGUCGUAGAGUAAGGAUAUUCGAUUGUAGGUAAAUCUUAUUAAAUUAUGUGUUUUCCCUUGAAGAGGAACGCAGCGUUUCCAAAUGGCCUUUAACGAUUUAACGUUUAUUACCGAUUAGUGGGGCGAAUUUAAAUGUAAGAUAGAGCGAAGGUAAUUGUUUUUGCACGGUCGACGAGAGCCUCAGAGAUAUCGUCUUCACCCCGCGAAUAUAAUCGUUCCAUACACAGACAUUCCAUUCGCACGGCGCUACUUUUUUAUAUUUUAUACUCUCCCCCUGUCGAUUGUCACGAGAAAUGUCCACUGCCCGCUGGAUGAAAGUUUUGAGAAUUUCAAGCAUGCAAACUAAAUAACAAUUGUUUGUUUUCUAGUAUAGGUAUUUAUUGCAAACUAUACAGCUGAAAUAUUUGGAUAUGACCAAACAGUUCUUAUCCCUUCUUCGAUGUCUUUUCAGUUAAAUAUAAUUUUUAAAUACAUUCUUAAUUUUGUAUAAUCGUCUGUAGUUAUAUCAGUGGACAAUGCACUUCUUUCCAAUCCCUCUUCAACUCGUUUUACUUCAGAAGCUCAAAGGCUUCUUUGGGAAAACGUUGUUACAGAAUUUCACAGAGAAUUUUCGUUUGAGUCGCAACGGUUACAGACGUUUCCCGUGAAUUAUCUUAGAA